UUUUUUUGCCUUUCUUUUCUUUAUUUCUCUCUCUCUGUCUUUUUUCUAAAAUCAACCCUCCUCUCAAUUCCUAUCCUCCUCCUCCACAAUCACUUCAUCGCAGCAUCUCAUUCUCCUCUUGAUUUUAUCAUUUGUUCGUUUUUUUUUGUUUUCAUUGUUCUAAACACUACAUACCUACCUACAUCCAUCCAUCCAUCAUACAAGAUGGCAUCGACAUCUCCUCCCACUCCCAUUGACGUAGAUUACCUCGUCAUCGGGGCAGGAGCCAUGGGACUAGCAUUUCUCGAUGCAGUUUUGACAGCGAAUCCCAUUGCGACGUUUGCUUUGGUUGAUAAAUACGCCCGCCCAGGAGGCCACUGGACAACCUCGUACCCCUUCGUACACCUCCAUCAACCCUCGGCAUUCUACGGCGUCAACUCGAAAAUUCUCGGACAAAACAAAAUCGACCAAGUCGGUUUCAACAAAGGUUUAUACGAACUCGCUUCUUCCGAUGAAGUGUGCGCGUACUUUCAUCAAGUGGUGCAAGAAGUUUUGUUGCCUUCGGGUCGAGUGCAGUAUUUUCCCAAGUGUGAGUGGAUAGAAGGAAAAAGAGAAUUUCGAUCGAAUUUGACGGGGGAGAGGUUUGAGGUGGGGAGGCAGACGAGGAUUGUGGAUGCGACGUAUAUGAAAGUGACGGUGCCGUCGAUGCGGCCGCCUCCGUUUCAAGUCGCUGCAGACGUGAAAGUGAUGACGCCGAAUGAGCUGGUGACGCUGUCUCGGCCGUAUUCUCAUUAUACUGUCGUGGGGUCGGGCAAGACGGGCAUCGAUACUUGUCUUUGGCUGCUGAGUAUGGGAAUUCGGCCGCAGCAGAUUACUUGGGUCAUGCCUCGUGAUGCUUGGCUGUACGAUCGAGCGCACUGGCAGGAUCUCUAUGAUGAUCGAGCAAAGGAAGCGAUGAAAAGGCAGGUCGAGUGUACGCUGAGCGCCACCUCGCUCGAAGACUACUUGCUGCGGUUGGAGGCAGCCGGGAUGAUGCUGCGAUUGGACCAGAAGGUCUGGCCCACGUCCUUUCGAUGCGCGACGGUCACUCUGGCAGAACUGGACGAGAUUCGGAAGAUCAAAAAUGUCGUUCGUUUAGGUCGGGUCAUCUCCAUCGACGCCCAGGAAAUCGUCUUCCAGCAUGGUGUCCAGCCCACGGUGCCCGACACAGUAUAUAUUGACUGCUCCGCCAACGGACUCGAGAAGCGACCAGCGGUACCCAUUUUCACUCCUGAAAAAAUCACGCUCCAGCCGGUUCGCUUCUGCCAACAAGUCUUCUCGGCCGCAUUCAUCGGCCAUGUCGAGGCUGCCUACGCGGAUGAGGCGACCAGAAACGAGCUAUGUCGACCCAUUUUCCACCCAACUCUGCCAAGCGAUAUCCCCAUUGUCACACUGUCCGAUUUUCGAGCGACGCUCCGAUGGAGUGUGGAACCAAAGACAGUGGCCUGGCUGGUCAAUAGUCGCCUGAACUGGUCGAGCGCAUUUGCUCCGCUGGCAACAGAUGAUCCUGUCGAGUUGGAGCAGGAAAGAUUGCAGCUGCAAGCACUACUGCACUCCAUGUCGGAGAAGCUCCAGCAGUUCAUCAGGGAGGGAGCUCGAGUGAUGGCGCAUAUCUGA